ACGGAGGCGGCAUCAUGAAACAAAGGAUAUGGAGUCUGUUCUUGAUAACAGCAUGGCAAAGUAAUUAUGUGAUUUCGGAAGAUGAUAGCUGCAGUGGAGUGACGGGUCUGGCGCGCCUCAGCGCCACGGGGCUACAGCGGGACGCGCUGCUGGUGACCUACAGCCUGCCUCCAGCCUCCAGGCAGUGCGUGGACCACGUGCACGUGUGCUGGGAGAGCAGCGAGGCCCGCCACAGGAGCUGCGCCGACCAGGACCCGGCCAGCGAGCCGCGGCUGUACGUGACGGGGCUGCAAGCGGGCUCCUGCUACACCGUGAGCGCCGCCCCAGUGGCUGCUGACGGCCGCAGAUACCGCACCUCUGUGGUGGCCGGGCGCACCUUCAAGUGCGACGUGGAGACGGUGACGAACAUCACAGUGGCCGAGGGCGCAGACGUACGGCAGGCGACUGUCAAGUGGAGCAGCCCGCCACAGAACCUGAAGUGCGCAGACUACCAGCUCGUCAACUGCUCCGUGGCGGGCACUGGCGAGACAGUUCUGGCUGAGACUGUCCCCGUGGCCAACACCUCCCUGGAGAUAUCUGGUCUGGAGCCUUGCGUCAACUACACCCUGGCCAUCCAGCCCGUCAACUGGAACCCCCUCCUCCCCGCCCCUGCCACGGCUCGCUUCAGGACCCCCAGCAACGUGACUUCCUUGUCAGGCCUAGUGGUAACCGGUCUCUCGCCGAGUGCCCUGCGUGUGUCCUACACCAUCCCCCAGGUGUCCAGCCUGUGUGUCCAUCACUUCGCCAUCUGCUGGGCCCACCGUGGCACCAGCAGCAUCUGCACCACCAGGAGAGGUCACAGUGGCACCACCGUCGAGGUCACAGGCCUGGCAGCCUCCACCAACUACACCGUGACUGUCACGCCAGUGGCUCCUGACGGCACCAGGUACCAGAGUGUGUCUGCGGUCGGCGCCACGUCAGCUGCACCAACGGACCCGCUGGCAGACGCAGAAGCGCUCGACCUGGGCUCGGGGUUGUUCUACGUGUUCUUCAACUACGACAACGCCACCAGGAGGCUCGUCAACCACACGAGUGUCUGCGUGUUCGAGGCGAGGGGGUCGGGGAGCGACAGGGACUGCAGCUCGACCUCGGGGGACGAGUGCGUGGCUGCUCUGGGCAGUCGGGCCCUGCCCUGCACGCGCUACUCCGCCCUGGUCACGGCGUACCUCACCAGCAACCAGACAGCGAGCAGGACCGUGAACUUCACGUCGGGUGCUGCUGAAGUGUCAGACGUCAGUGUGAAGAAGUCCUCCAAAGGGAGUGACGUCACUGUCUCUUGGACAUCCCCCAAGAGGAAUGCCCUUUGUGUCUCCUACCAGUCCGUGACGAUCAUCAGGGUCAGGGACGAUGCCGUCGUUGGCACCCAGAUACUUUCCAAGGAGGACAACGAGGUGCUCUUCAAGGACUUAGAGCUGUGCGUCAGAUACCAAGCCGUCGUCCAGCCUCGAACCCGGGACCCCAAGUUACCGCGAGCCACAUCCAAGCACUUCCACUUGCCCAGCAAUGUGACGUCAGUGGCCGCAGUGACCGUGACCUCGCCUCGCCAGGACUCCCUCCUGGUGUCGUACCAGCUCCCUCCUGUGUCAGCCCGCUGUGUGGGGGCAGUGCUGGUGUGCUGGGUGACGUCAGAGGGCAACACCACCUGCUCCAGCGAGGAGGGACCAGCCAGCUCCAGCGUGCUGGUCUCCCACCUCUCCCCCUGCUCCAACUACACCGUGCAGGUCACUCCCGUGGCCCCUGACGGCCGCAGAUACGACUCCACGACCACCCUGGGCCACACCUCGCAGUCUGGAGACAGCUGCGCAGGAGGCAAGGCUGGACUGAAGGGUCGCCUCUGUACAGUGAUUCUUCUCCAAGCGCUGCUGUUGAUCUCCAGCAGGAACUAGACAACUGCUUUGGAGGAGCGCUCGUCUUUCUUGCUAAGUGGCUGGCACCUGAAUAGUUCCGGAAAAGGUGUAUAAGGCACAUGAAAUAGUUCCAGCGAAACAAUUGGCCUAUGUAAAUCGGAGCCGAAGUAUAUUAAGAUGCAAUCUGUCUGACACUAUGACACUAUACACCAGUUCUAUUCAUAUAUGCAAUAAAAUUACUUGUUUAUUUAUAGGGUGAAAUAAAAGAAACUACAAUUUUUUUACUUA